AUGACAAAAGCAAUAUUUUUAAUUUCACUUACGCUUAUCGGGGCCUGCUUCAGUUCUGAUAAUCUGUUUGAAAGUAUCAAUAAAGGAAUUAUAAAAUAUAAUGAGAUCGGAGCGGAAAUAGGCUGGCAAUCUUUAAUUAAUCCUAGCAACUCCGAUUUAGCUAGAAGGGCAGCGGUUUAUCAAAAGGAUCGUUUGUUAUGGCAACACGAAAAUUGUGAUUAUCUGUCAAAAUUAUAUUAUAAAAAUGAACUAAAUGCAUCCCAAAACAGACAGACCUAUUUGCUAUGUCGAGGAACGAAAUUUACUUAUGAAGAGACGAGAAAAACAAGUUACUUAUAUGAAGAGAUACAAUCCAUUUAUAAUGAUGUUCAAGUCUGUUUUCCCGCCCAUGGUAACAAUAGCUUAACAAAUUUUGAAGCCGCCAUCUUGAAGAAAACAACUGACGCGGAAUUUAAUUUUGAACGUUUGAUUUCGAAAAAGGAAGGCGUAUGUUUGAUAGGUGAAAAGGAUUUUCAGAAUGUAAUGAAAUAUUCGAAAAACGAAUCCGUUUUAAAAUGGACGUGGUCUAUUUGGCGGGAAAAUAUGAGAGCAAUGAAAAUGCCAUAUUUGAACAUGUUGGGAAUUGAAAAUAAAGCGGCGAAACGAAAUGGUUACAAAGACAUGGGUGCAUCAUGGCGAGACGAGGCAGAAUUACCGAAUUUACGUCACUUAUGUUACCAAUUAUAUGAAAGUAUUUUACCCUUGUACAAAUUAUUACACGGUGUUGCUAGGUAUCAAUUAAGGAAAUUAUAUGGUAACAUCGUUCCUGAAAGCGGGCCUAUACCGGCGCAUUUACUUGGUGAUCUAUGGUCGCAAAAUUGGGAAUCCUUAGCCGAGCUGAUCAUACCGCGAACAGUUGAUUUUGAUAAGCGAAUUAAUAAAUUAAAUUGGACCGUGGGGCAUAUGAUAAAACGCGCUGAAGAUUUUUACACGUCACUCGGGCUGCCCGCAAUGACAAAUACGUUUUGGCGGGAAUCUGUAUUUCGGCGGGAAAACACUUCGAUCCGUUGCCAUGGCACCGCGGCGGACAUGUUUAAAAAGGACGAUUACAGGCUCUUAUACUGCGCGGACAAUACGUUUGAAGACUUGUAUGUGAUACACCACGAAAUGGGUCAUAUAGAAUAUUAUAUGGCUUAUAAUACACAGCCAGGGCUGUAUCGCCAAGCAAAUACUGCUCUUCACGAAGCUAUAGGUGACACUAUAAUGUUAGGAGUAGCCACCCCACAGCACUUACAUAGACUUGGUCUGCUAAAGGAUGAGGAAUUAUACAACACUAGUAUCAAAAUUAGUAAUAUCGAUCUUAUUAAAUUCGAAAAUAAAUCAAGACUUCUUAACGAGAAAGAAAAUAAACUUAGAAACAACAACCGAAACAUAAUAAUAAAUAAAAUAUUCGAUACAGAUAAAAUUCAAUACGAAAUAGUAAAUAGAAGAAAAAAAGGAAAAACUAUAGCCAAAAUCUUUGACAAUGUCAACAGUGACAUAACCACAGAUGAUAUUCUAAUUUUGAAGCACGCCUUAAACAAAAUACCACAGAUACCAUUCGCCCUUGUUCUCGAUGAGUACCGAUGGAGGCUUUUUGAAGGGAAAUUGGAUGAAAGAUAUCUAAAUAUGGAGUUUUGGGAAUUAAGUAGACAGUUGCAAGGAAUAGCGUCGAUAGAAAAAAGAGGAGAAGAAUAUUUUGAUGUGGGUGCCAAGUAUCACGUUGCUGAUAAUAUACCGUAUACAAGGUAUUUUCUAAGCAGUUUUCUACAGUAUCAACUAUUUGAGAGACUAUGCAAAGCAGCUAUCUUCGGGCGUCAGCCUAAAUCUCUGCCAGAUUCCAUUCCUCUUCAUCGUUGUGACAUUUAUGGAUCAAAGGCUGCAGGAAAAAUUUUAAGGAAUAUAAUGUCUCGUGGAAGUUCUCAACACUGGCAAGAAAUACUUAAUGACGCUGCAGACAUAGAUAAUAUUAACUCGGAAGCUUUGAAACGCUACUACCGCCCUCUAUAUAAUUUAUUAAAACGCUUGGUUGCAAAAUAUAACAUACCAAUUGGCUGGUAA